UGCGUCGGGUGGGCACUUCUGUGACCAGUAGCCAUGCGCGACUUGGAGGAGCCAGGGCUUCGCCCUACAGCGACCCCUUGCGGGUGCGUGAAGCCGGCUCUGGAGACAGGAAGAGGAAGAUCAGGAUUCCUCUAGGUGGACGUUCUCAGGUCUCCACUUCAAGUAGAGCAUUCAGGGAAUCUUUUAACUGAGCCAAUUGGGUACUUGGAAUCCUGUUUCUUGGCCAAGAAUGGUACUCCAAGGCAGCCAUCCAUUUGUAGCUAUUCAAGGGCUUGUUUGAGAAUUAGAAAGAGCAUCUUUAAUAAUCCUGAACAUUCCUUGAUGGGCUUAGAACAAUUUUCUCAUGUUUGGAUUUUGUUCGUUUUUCACAAAAAUGGUCAUUUGAGCUGUAAGGCAAAAGUGCAGCCUCCUAGGCUGAAUGGUGCAAAGACUGGAGUUUUCUCCACGAGGAGUCCACAUCGUCCCAAUGCAAUAGGACUGACCCUGGCCAAACUGGAAAAGGUAGAAGGUGGAGCUCUAUACCUUUCUGGAAUUGAUAUGAUUCAUGGCACACCUGUACUGGACAUAAAGCCCUACAUAGCUGAUUAUGACUCGCCACAAAAUUUGAUCGAGCCUUUAGGGGAGUUUAAUUUACACAAUAACCAACAUAAACCAAAAACCGUGUCUUGGUCUGAUGGCAAGACUGACAGUUGUGCCCAGCAGCAGCCCUCACAGUAUGAUGAACCACAGUCCUGCAGUCGCACUAAGGAGAAGCCUAAAUGUCCCAAAGACAGAACUUCAGGAGAAAACGGCACACAACACGACACAGCCAAAAUUCAGCGAAGCUCGCCUAAGCACAGGGAGAUAGCAGCAGACUUGGGGUUAGGACCUAGAGGUGGUCAAAGUCCGAAUGUGGGAGAGGAGCAAAUGGGCCCAUAUCAUCUGGAGAAGAGUCUUUCAGAGGAGGGUACAGAUCAGAGGCUGAGAAGAGGGAAAGAAGCAGUGGUCCCACAAGAGAACAGUGCAGAGGUGCAGCCUGUGCCUCUUGGCCGCCCUUCCAGGCUGGCCGAUGCAGCCCACCGCAGUGUGGUUCCCACCUGGGUGCGAGAGGCUCCUGUGGCCACCUUGGAAGUCCGGUUUACGCCUCAUGCAGAGAUGGACCUGAGGCACCUCAGUUCAGAAGGGGAAUCAGAGGUCAGUCAUGCUUCAUUUAAAUAUUUUCAAUCAGCAGAGGAAGCAAGGCAUGCCAUUGAGGCUGUGCUGUCAGCUGACCCUCGGUCUGUGUAUCGACGGAAGCUCUGCCAGGACCGCCUUUUCUACUUUACUGUAGACAUAGCACAUGUCACUUGCUGGUUUGGUGAUGGCUUUGCAGAGGUUCUAAGGAUCAAGCCAGCUUCUGAGCCUGUUCAGAUGACUGACCCUGCAGAAUCCUUGGUGUCUCUGGGAUCGUAAGUAUCCUCCAUCACGUCUAUAAGACAGCCUAAUUGACAUAAGAUGUAGCUGGUGGAUUUUCUGUAAAAGCUAAUUAUGUGCCUUCUUUGCAGAAAGAAGCAACACUUUGUAGUCUCACUGCUUUGAUUGAUUUGAGUUCAAAAUAUUUAUUCGAAAAGCAUGUAUUUUAAUAAACUGAGAGAUCAAAUUUAGA